UACAUAUGCCCAACCUGUGACCGCAGAUGUGCAUCAAGAAUUGGCCUCUAUAGUCACACAAGAAGUUGCAAAAGGAAAGAUCGUCUCUCGAAACGUAAAAUGCCACAGACUGUGAGAGAGAGCGUUGGUAGCACACUCAUGUUGUCGUUCACUAAGUCACUGACCUGUAAAAUAGUCUUAUCAUGCAUUAAAUGUAAACAACAUUGAAAAAGGUUGCAGAAGAAUCCUGGACGCGAAAUGAAUUUCGUUGUGACCUCACGUACAGCCGCCUGCAUUGCUAUGCAAAAGGACAAGUUACCAGAGAAACUUUACUUGUCGAUAAAAGGAACUGUUACUUCUCUUAGUGAUGUUUUAAGAGUGAAGAAUGAUGGGUUUUCUCUUAUAGAGCUUGACAACUGUGUUCUUUUAUUAGUAAAGGACUAUCAUAAAGAUUGGUUUUCAAUAUUACAAGUAAAUAGAGUCUAUGUUUUUAAAAAUAUUAGACUGACACAGAUAGAAAAGGGAAUAAUAAAGCCUUGUCCAAUAUUCUAUGUCUGGUGUUCAAGCACUUUAGUAGAAACAGAGUGUGAAAAUAUACCUGUCACAGAUUUAAAGGGCUGGUUACAUGGACAAGGUAUGAAAAAUGGACUUAUUGAUGAAGCUUCAAGGCUUGAAGAAUGUCAGAAAAGAAUUAAUGCGGACCUACAGAAUUAUCAAGGUACAAUAACAUGCUGUGAUAAAGCAUCUGUAGGUUUUUACAGGCUGGAUAAUAAAAUAGGAUUGAAUGUUGGCUUAUCAAACUUCUGCAAAUCUAAAUUAAAGUUGAAUGCCAAGGUUUCACUCUACAAUGUGCACCUAAUUGAGGAAGCUAGUGAAGUGACUCUUGUCUGCUGUGCGAAAACAACAAUAAAAUUAGAUCAACCAGAUGAUGGACAGAGCUGUAAUUCUACGAAUAUUCCUGAUAUUUUAGAAGAUGUAGUGCUUCAGUACGGUCUGAAUUAUUUGGAGGUGGAAAAACUGCUGGCAAUUUAUGACUGUUUGUUAUCAAAGCAUAAAAAUUGUAAGAAAAGAAAAUAUUUAUUCUGUUUUUUUGUGUGUUCAAGAUGCAAAAUGAAGUCAGAGAAUGCUGCAAUCAUGAUUUUGAAAAACAGUUAUUAUAAAAAAAUUCACCAAAGACUAAAAACAACAGCUUUUGAUUGCUUUAUAUAUCAUGAAUAUUGUCCACAAUCACAGUUUUCAUUAUCUAGGUCUCUUGUUCCAGAAGUGUUUUCUUUGGAAAAUCUAAGUGAUGAAGACUCAAUUUUUUCCUCUUUACCGCCAUCUUGUUAUUCCAGCGAUAGAUACUUUAGGUUUUGGACAAGUGGAGGGCCUGAAUCAAAAAUUUUAAUUGGCAGCAUUCAGACUUCUUCUGGUGGCAAUCUUGUGUUCAGUGAUGGCAGCCAUACAUUUCCUCUUAUAUUGCUACACUCAAGUCUGAGUAAUAAUACAAAAUCAACACAGCCGGAAGCUCAUAUGUGUUCAAAGGCAUGUUCUAAACCUCCGUCAUCAGGCUCACAUUUUUUGUGUCCCUACAUCACUUCCAGCCAUCUAAAUAAACUUAUCUGUGUUCAGUAUUUUAUUGUAGUGUCAGAGGACUUACUUAGCUUUAGUACAAUUGAAUCUUCCAAUGCUAACAACACAUUGACUUAUUUGGCUUUUUGCUUGUGUGACGCUUACUUACUGAAUUCCUGCUCAUUAGUCAACAAGUCUGACAAGGACGAAGUGUGUACAUGUUUACCUAUGCUACAAAAUGAUGUUGAAGACAAGUUCAGUAAUGUGAUCACCACCCAAGUCUAUGUCACAGAGAAACAUGCACUUAAAUUGAAAACAGUUUUAAAUACUCAAAGCUCUUUUGAUGUUUUGGGCUAUGAGUUCUCUUCCCUUAAGGAUUUGUUCAAUGCUUUCUGCAAUUUUCCAAACUCUAUAUCAAAGCAGCAGAACAAAAUCAACUCUGAAGAGAAUCAUCGGUGCAAGCAUUUAGAACAGGCUACUGCUGUGGGGGCAACAUUAAAUCAUGGAAAUAAUUCUAAAUUUGGGUCAAGUAAGUGUGUGACUAAACCCAAUCUGGAUAAACUAAAACCCAUUAUUAUUACAUUCGCAGAAUGUUCCUUGUAUCCUUUAAUUUUGCCUGGACAUGCCUAUGAAUUCAGAGUCCGAAGAGAGCCAGGAGAAACAAAUGUUUUUGAAACAAACUUUGACAAUAAUUUGCUGCAAAAGGCAGCUACUCAUUCUAAAGUGAGGCUGCGCGUUGUGGCACCAUCACAUAUGACUAUACAUAAACUGUCAUUACAGAGCUCAUCACAACCAUUCCUACAUCAAGAGCAGUUGUACUCUGUCUCUGAAGUCAUAGCUGAGGGGUUUCCCCAGUCUGUUGUUUCAUUCAAAGCUGUGAUAGUAUGUUUUGACUUGAGUCCAUCAUUUUCAUUGGGAGCUUAUUGUAAAAAAAUUGAAGUGUCAGAGUAUUCUCCCCUUGAUCCCAGUGCUGCUGUUGCUUUUACAUCUGUUUACAUGGAUGCUGCUUACUCACCAUGCAGUCUAGGGCUGGUUCCAGGGGCUGUUGUAGAUUUUUAUAGAUUACAAAGAAAGGUAUCUCAAAAGGGCAAUGUCUACUUUAGAUUUGUCACCCUGUCUUCAACAACAGUGAUCAGCUUACAGAAUAAAAAUGUGAGGAAAGCUGCAGCAGUUUAUUUGACUUUUGAUAGUCUGACUAAUGUGCCAAAAGAACUACUGUUAAAUCUCUGGCAUGAAGGUCCAGUCAACCCUCAGAAGCUGUAUGAGAUUGAAUGCAACAUUUGUAUGUUCUUCAGACUCACCGUCAAGGUUGUGUGCUCAAAGUGUAACUCUGUUUUGGUGGAACACAAAUGUAAAGGAUGUAAGGACCCACAGUCCUGCACAGCUCAGGCCAUUGCUAUAAUUCUGAUUGAUGAUGGCACUAGCUCCGCCAGUUGUAAAGUUUCCAAUCCUGAACAUGUCCGUCAGUUAUUAACUCUGACUGAGACUCAAUGGGACGACUUGCUGGAAGUGGCUAAAAAAGAUGGAGAACUAAUGGUUACCAAGGUCUCAGGGAAUACAACUUCUCCUAUCAUCUGGUUUCUAAGUAAUUUAACAAAUUCAACAAUGGUACUCAGGUGCUGCAGAUUUGUGGUCAGAAUCUAUAAAAAAUCUCCAUGGGCCAAGAUUUUAGAAGCAGCCAACAUCUCAGAUUUACAAUUAAGAGAAGAAAGAAUCGGACAGAAUGUCUUGUAUACACAUAGCCCUCCAUUACUGCAAGUAGAAUGUUUGGCUUUACAAAAUUGUUAGAUGGAAUUCAUUUUGCUUUGUAAAAUUUUUCUUCUUAAGGGUAUGAUUUGACUCUUUCUCUCCAGAAUAAUGCUUCCAUCAUCGAUUUGAAAUGGCUUUUUCAGUCAGAUGAUACUAGCAUCAUCAAUUCUUUGAAACUUAUUUGUUUCAUUUUUUUCUACCAAAAUGUUUUUAAUUGCUUUAAAAAUCAAUCUUCAAUAGUUUUACUUUGUUAAACAUCCAGAUUUUUUCUUUCAAAAUGUUGGUAUGGAGUACGGUUUAAAGCGGGACGAUUACACUUUCUGAUUUUUUUUAGCACUCUUUUUAUGAUGGUAGAGAUUUGGGAUAUUAAGCUCAAAACUUUCCUUCUUAUUGUUUUCGUAAAGGUGUUAUUUAUAAAGUAUCUUCGGACUCAAAGACAAGCCUUAUUGUUAUGAUUAUUAUUUAUAAAGUAUCUUUGGGCUCAAAGACAAGCCUUAUUAUUAUGAUUAUUAUUUAUAAAGUUUUGUGUAGAUAGAGAUAAAAAUAUUUUUUGAUUCAGAUCAUAAAAUAUUUCCUAGUUCUAGGUGACUUGUCCCCAUUUAGUGACGUUAAAGUUUACAUUUCAUAAUCCAAUAUUAAAAUAACUUAUUGCCCUACAAAUAUUUUAUUAAUUUGUUGUAUAAAGGUCAUACCAAAUAUAACAAUUUCUGAUAACAAAGAAACAAAAGUUAUUGAAGCUUAAUCACAACAUGGUAGGGCAUAACCAAUGGGCCAAGCAAUUAAUACUGUCAGAAUGUGGACAAUAAUUAUGGAGAGAAAAAGUUAAAAUAUAUUUUUAAAAAAUAUUUAAAAAAAUGACUUAAAAGAAUAUAAUGUGGCAUGUUUUCAAUAAGUUUAUGGAAAGUUUCAUUUUAUUUCUGGAUUUGAAGUAGUCAACAGAACUAAGUCCUAGGUUACAAUCCCAGACCUAACUAGAUGACUUUGAUAGGACUGAAGGUUUAUAGAAUGGUAUUUUAUAAAUGUGUCAGACAAACUACUGACGCUUCUCUAAUGAUGCCUGAUGUUCAAUCAAAAUACUUGGAUUAAAUCUAAACCUCUUGGCAUUGUCUGUUUGCAUGAUGUACAUUGAACAACUGUAAUGAAUAUUAUGAUCAAGGAUUUUUUUUUUUGCUGUGAAAAUUUGUUUCAUGUUAUCUUAUCUUAUAUAGUACAGACGUUACUUCAAAAAAGAAGAUGAUGUUCAAGUAUUUAGGCUUCUGAGUAGAUUAUUCUUGGUUAGAAUCUUAGUGGAAUUAAGUUUUUUCUUUCAUCAUUGAAUAAUCAUUGGAAUUGUACUUCUUAAUAUUUAUUGAUACCAACAUGUGUUUAUUAGAAAGUGAUAAAUUUUAUUUCCAAUGCUAAAUCAAGUACCAUUCUUUAAUAGCAUUUCUUUUGAAAUGAUUGAUGAUGAAACAAAUUUAAAUUAAUCCUCUAUGAGUUCAUUAUUUAGUUAUCUAGGAAAGAUAGUAAGGAAUUCAAACAUUAUUUAUUUAUUUAUAUAUUAUGUUUUUUAUUUUAUAUAGUGUACAUACAAAAAAAUGAUCCAUAAAAGUAAUUGAAAUUUUUAAUUUAAUUUUGUUGUUGUUUGUCUUUAAAAGCAAAAAUCUUUAUAUAUACAUAUUCAAUUGACAUGAAUACGUGUUCCAAGCAUAAGAGAAAAGAAAAGUAAGAAACACUUGAGAUUAUUAAGAAACCAAUAACUUCAAUAACUUUAUUUAUCUAAAAAUUUUCAUCUUCAAAUGUGUCAAUACCAAUGUAAUUCUUAAUAAUUUCUGGUCAGAGCCAAGCCUCUGACCUGCAUAAUGAAUUGAUAUUUACAAGCAGUGUAAUGAUAAAAAACAAACAAACAAGAUCUAAAACCCUGGUGAGGAAGGGUGUAACAUUGAAGAACUCAUGAACACAUAUGAUCAGUUCACAUUACCUAGUAGCGGGUGUAGCUAAAGGUAGUCUAUGAGAUGUAUCAUCAAUAACAGUCCCUGUGCGACUUUAUUGUUAAUAUCGAGCUCCCAUGAGAAUUAUAGCUUGAUUUAGGUAUUUUAGAUCAACAGAUCAGUGUUAAAGGUGUGCUGGCACGUUCGUCCAGAGGUACAUUGGCCCCUACUUGUAGUGCCUAGGUUAUUAAGUAUAACCUCCAGUUAUACAAUUAAACUAAUGUAUGCAAAACAAGACUUAACAAAGUCGCAAGUAAACAUAUAUACAAAGUUUAUUUACACGAGUAAAAUAAAUGUGUAAAUAAAUGGCCAUCAACUCAUAGGCCUACUCCACACAAAAUAAACUAAAGUUUCACAUUCAAAAAUAGUAUGGUACACCGCUCUAGUCAUAUAAUAUAUACACUAUCGUCACAUUCUGGGAAUCACACAUCAGUGUAGAAAAAUGAAGGUCACAGGCCUCAGGUCAAUAUACACGACCACUUUUGGCCACUCCAGGGUCACAGGCUUUAGGCUGACACAGCCACUUUUAGCCCCAAAAAAAAACAACAAAAGGGUCAUGAUGAACAAUAAGCUUCAGGGAAACCUAUGAGCCUACAAGCUUCAUAGAAUCCCACUUAUAGACAUCCGUUUGGUAAAGCCUAUCUUAUGAUUCAAUACAGGUUGAAUCCCUCAGAGACAAGGCUAUAAAAAUAUGUCACAUUUGGGAGUACCCCAGGAUGCAGAACAUCAGGGUAAAACAUACUGCCUGGAAAUCAUUUGAGGCUAUAUCUACUAAUCAAUACAU